AUGCGUUACAUUCUGAUCAACGGCCUUCUUCUUUUGGCCAUUUCUCCUUUCACGGCGCUCGCCCUUCCCGUCGACCCCAAUGAUCAAGGUGGCCAGUGGGACCCCAGCGGUCAAUACAGAAAGGGCCAUUAUGACUCGAACGGCGACUUCAUUCCCAAUGAGGGUAGUAACCAGGUCGGCUGGAAUGAGAAUGGCCAGAACUACCAGAAUGGCCAAUACUAUCAGAAUGGCCAGACCUGGCAAAACGGCGAGAAUGCUCAAAAUGGCAACUAUCAAAAUGGCCAGUGGCGAGGAAACGACUGGAACCAGAAUGGCCAGUACAACAACCGUUGGCAGCGUCGCUCUGUUCCAUCCCAGUCUCUGAAUGCUGAAGAGCUCCGCAAAUACGGUAACCUUGGAGCUCCCGGUGUUGGUCUUCCGAAUGUCGGUGUUCCUGGAGUUAAUAUCCCCGGUACUGGCAUCCAUGCCCGCAAUUGGCCGUCUGAUCAGAAUAACAACCAGGGCGGUUGGACUGAUUCCAACGGGCAAUGGCACCAGGGUAACCAGAACAACCAAGGUGGUUGGACCGACGCCAAUGGCGUGUGGCAUCAAAACAAUCAAAAUGGCCAGAACACUCAGAAUGGAGCUGGCUGGACUGAUGCUAACGGUGUCUGGCACUCUACCGACUACAGCCAGGGCUGGACCGAUGCCAAUGGGGUAUGGCACAACAACCCCAACAAUAAUCAGGGUGGUUGGACUGAUGCCAAUGGCCAAUGGCACGCAAAUCAGAAGCGCGAUAUCGUCCCCGGCGUCUAUGACCUUGACCACGCUACUCCAGUGAUCGAUGCCGCCGCUGCCAGCUCUAUCAUCCACGUUCCACGCUCCUAUCCCAAUGAUGGCCACUACGACAACUACCGCGAGCAAGAGGAGGCGGAUCGCCACCAGGAGCACGAGGAGGACCGUGAGACCGCUGAAGAAGUUGCCUCUGCCCUGCUCCCCCGUAUCUGGCCUUUCAAUGACUGGAACAGCAACGAUGACUACUACAAUGGCCGUUAUAACGAUAAGUGCAAGGACAAUGACCCAAACGACCGCUCUGGCUGGUCCUGCCGCUCGGACUGGAACCGCUACGGUGCUACUCCCACUGGCUCCGUUGUCGCCCGCAACUAUCCCCAGGAUCAGAACAACUGGAAAAACAACAACGGUAACAACCAGAACGUCCCUCAGGCCACUCCUGUCGCCAACUAUAAGAAUGAGGUGCAAGAUGUCGACCAUGACAACAAGGACCAUGAUGACAAGGAGAUCAAGGCUAAUACUGAUGAAAAGCUGGAGUAA